ACAGUAAGGCGUAUCUGUUGUUUCUAAAGUUUUUCUCUAAAGAUUAUCACCAUUUCUAAUCCACUCUUCAGAAAAGUGUAAAUAUUCGUGUUCCUGUGUAUGUUUUCCUGCAGGGAGGUUAGUGGGGUUUUUCUGAGAAUCUCGAGGGCAAAAAUAGAAAAUUUUUGGUGUUGAGAAUGGCAAUUCAAGCUACUUAGUAGGGAAUGUCACUACUUGUUAGCCGAUGGUUGCGUGCCCGUUCAAGUUUUGGCUGUGUUGUUCUUCCUUGAAAUGUUGUCAUGUUUUGUGCAGCAUGUGUGCAGUGUGCAGAUUGCAUGAAAAAUCAGUCAACUAGAGGAGUAGCAAUGUGCCGAGCUUUUCAAACGACGUUGAUACUGCAGGGAUCGUGAUGCUGGCAGCCAGUGCCUGCAUUCUGCAACAUCAGUAUCUGCAACGCCGACUGGCGAGGUCUCUGCAUCGCUGCCUUCAUCGAGAGAAGCCAUGGGUCGCUGUUGCAUUCCCUACUGCCGUGGGAACUACGAUAACGGCCCUAAAGUCCGAGUGUUUUCCUUGCCACGCGACGCUGCCCGCAGAAUCGUCUGGCAAAGAGUGAUCCCUCGUCGCGACGUUGACAUCAACACAUUACGUGAUCCCAAGGUUUGCGAACUUCAUUUCAAGCCAGAAUACCUCAGGACCACGUCCAGAUACACAUCGUCUGAUGGGAUAACGGUGGAGGCACCAAUGCGAGCUACGCGUCUGACGGAAGACGCCGUGCCUACAAUCUUCCCUAACAGCCCUGCCUACGUGCAUGACCGUGCACCAGCGCGCAAUGCAUCGGCACGAAAACGAAGGAGGUUUAAAGCAUCACAUCUAGAAGAAGCAGCGCAGCUGUCACUGUCAACACACGCUGAAGAGCAGCGCAAGGACGAACCCUCAUCGUACGACGGCCUAUUUUUAUGGCUGCCAGACAUUCAGGCUGGAAAGAAGGAGCCCACCUGUUGCCACAGCCAUGGCGUAUUAAUGAAAAAUGUGGGGACGGAGGUCUCGUGGCCGUCCAUCAAGAAGGUGGAUGCCAGAGUUGGCGCGUCAACAUCCAUUUGCAUGACCAAGUCGACCCAGGCAUCGCUUCCCGCUGUCAAAGUGCACAGAUGGACGGAAACCGCCAACCUUGGUGAUUUUGGAGACAGCGACACUGACGCGCAAGAGUGUUUGGAUCCAAGUGUGAGCGGAAUGUCGAGGCUUUCGAGUGGCGAUCAGAUUAUAGGAGGGUACAAACUGCACAGCAGUGAACUAGAUGAAGCUGGAAAGAAGGAGCCCACCUGUUGCCACAGCCAUGGCGUAUUAAUGAAAAAUGUGGGGACGGAGGUCUCGUGGCCGUCCAUCAAGAAGGUGGAUGCCAGAGUUGGCGCAUCAACAUCCAUUUGCAUGACCAAGUCGACCCACGCAUCGCUUCCCGCUGUCAAAGUGCACAGAUGGACGGAAACCGUCGACCUUGGUGAUUUCGGAGACAGCGACACUGACGCGCAAGGGUGUUUGGGCUUUGGAGCAAGAGCCCGCAGCAAUAGUCACACACCAGUGUCUACUGCACCUUCCACUGUCACUGCAAGUACAGAGGGCGCCACUCAGCAGGACCAAACAGCUUCAGAUACCACCCAGUUGACUCGGAGAGUACCCCCUGAACCAAGAGUAUUCAGGAAGAUGCAGCCAGAGAACGCGACGUUAAGCAACACAGCUCCUCAGUUCAUUCCCGCAGAGUUGGCGAGCACCAAUCAUCAAGUGGCGCAGCGUCUCGCAGCCAAUGAUUUUGCAAGAGGCGACAGUGCAGUGCCAUUGGGAACCGGCACCGUCCUCGGCGAAGAGGCAUGCUCUGCCGCUUCAGCGGCGGCUUCAACGAGAAUCACCUACAGCUGCAGUUACUGUUCGCAAGAGUUUCUGGAGACACAGGACCUCACCUCCCACGUGGGAACGUGUCCAUGGCCGCAGCCACACAAGUGCCCCUUGUGUUCAAACGUGUGCUCAAACUGGACCUCGAUGCAGGACCACAUCGUCACACAUGUCAAGGAGCUAGGAAUGAAGUGCCCCUUGUGCGAGCGCGCAGUCGCCGGUGGGAAGUCGGACAUGUUGAGACACGUAAUGCGACACCUCACUUUUAAGCCGUUCGUGUGCAGCGUCUGCAAGUCGUCCUUCUUGAACGGGUACGACAUCGCCGCGCAUGUGUGUCGUCGUGCUGGCCAGCGGGGACGUUGGGCGUUUCCUCUCAGGACUACACCCACAAGUCCAGCAUCAAUGUGUCGCAACAGUUGUUGAGUAAGAGCAGUAUAAAAGAGUGUUUGUGAGCGUUGAUGAAAUUGUGAAUUCUGGACAUGAAGCAGCAUGAAAACGUUUGCCUUCAUUCAUUCAUUCAUUCAUUUUAUUAUACUGUCAGCCUCAUUUGGGCGAUUACAGGUGUGGAAGAAAAAAAAAACACUCAAAGACUAAGGCACUUGCUAUACAAACAGUGUAUAAAUAACAUACAGUAGACUCUCGUUACAUGGAACCUGA